CCGUGAAACGACAUCGCAAGUGUCGGCCCCAAAUCAAUGUCCCAAAAUUUCCAGUGUUUUCUGCAGACCUAAAAUUCAGUCUUGAAGACUUGGCGUAAAUUGACGACAUACAUACAUACACAUCACAUGGCUCUGUGGUCGUCGUCAUCAUCAACAUCGUCACCAAAGGGGAUAGUGAUAACAGUGCCAGCGCUGGUUCUGGCGGCCUCAGUGGCCGCAAUCUUCUUCUUCUUCCUCUUGUUCUCUUUGUCGUUGUCGUGCUCUUGUGGUGGCCCCGACGCCGGCGGUGCUCCUGCUAUUGCUACCGGCGGCGAUGUAAGUGUAACACGUGCCGGCGAUGGUGGUGGUACACGUGUCAGCGUGUCAGAGGGUGGAGGAGAGUCAAUAUGGUCGUCGAAAGAGGAUGUGGAGUGGGUGAAGGGUCAGAUCCGAGUGAAUGGGUUGCAUAUGCAGGAUAACGUGUUGCGUAAAGGAAUUAACCCUCGUACCAGAGCUGAGCAGCUCCAAGAUCUCUUACAAUUCAAGGGUAUAUCUCACUAUGAAGGACCUGAAUCGGAAAACCACACCACCCUCCCAUGCCCUGGUGAGCUCCUUACUGAAGAGCACCACAGUAACUAUGGUGAGCCUUGGGCAGGUGGGCGAGAUGUUUUUGAGUUCCUCGCUCAGUCCACCCAUCUGAAGCCUGACUCACAUGUCCUUGAGAUUGGCUGUGGUACCCUCCGAGUUGGUUUGCAUUUCAUUCGCUAUCUUAAUGCUGGACACUUCCACUGUCUUGAAAGAGAUGAGCUAUCACUAAUGGCUGCCUUCAGAUAUGAGCUCCCUUCCCAAGGUCUUCUGCACAAGCGCCCUUUGAUUGUGAAAGGCGACAACAUGGACUUCAGCAGAUUUGGUUCAGAAGUUGUCUAUGACUUGAUCUAUGCUAGUGCAGUGUUUCUUCAUAUGCCUGAUAAGCUUGUCUGGGUUGGAUUAGAGAGAUUGACAAAUAAAUUGAAACCUUUUGAUGGGCGAAUCUUCGUGUCCCAUAAUAUUAAGUUCUGUUCGCGAUUGGGAGGAGACGAAUGUACAAAGCGGCUUAAGAGUUUGGGCCUGGAGUACAUUGGAAAGCAUACACAUGAUAGCUUGCUUUUUAAUCACUAUGAAAUCUGGUUUGAGUUUAGGCGGUCCAAGGCUUAGAGUGGCAGAAUUUAUUCAUUUUUUACUGUCUUUCGUCCUUAAUUUAGAUGCAGGAUGUGAAGCAGUGGGUGGCUGCAGUGCUCGUGUUGUAUUAGUUUGAUAACUUGGCCACCGUUUCUUUGUAUGUCAAGCCAUUGACCUCCUAUUGAUGAUUGUAUUUCUAAGAGUGGUAGAUCGGGGUUUACUUAUGGAUCAUCAGUUUGUGCAGGAGGCUGAGCCCUGCUCUGUAUUCUUGAAUAGAUAAAAGGGUAACUUGUAAGAUUCUGACAACACAUGAAUUUAUAUAAGCGAUUCAUUAUUUUCCA